CGAGAUCGUGCACAUAAUGCCAUCUCGCUCUAACCAACGAAGUUCUUGCGGGCCAGCAACUAGAGGCUUGAGUGCGCAGUUGGCUGAUGAAAUCGAGUGAAAAUUUCUGGAUUGUGGUUUGUUUGAAUCAAGAAUACCGUCUAAGCGAGAAGUAUUGCGAGUGGUUAUGUAUGUGUUUGACCCAUUUGGAAUUCUAGCCGAAUAUUCCCUGAUCGCUAAACUGCUUCUGCAGUCAAUAUGGCAAAAGCGAACAGAGUGGGACCAGCCAAUUGAGGGCGACGAUAUAAAGCAAUGGAAAUGUUGGUUGCGCAGCCUAAGCCAAGCAUGCAAGAUAAGGAUACCCCGAUGUUACGCUGAAGAGUUCUUUGGGGAACCAAUUGAACUACACAUAUUUUGCGAUGAGUGAGUCAGCUUAUGCAGCAGUUGGAUACUGGCGCAUACGUACGAAAUCUAAAUGGAAGUCCGCAUUUAUAAUGGGAAAGACCAAGUGUGCCCCAAUGAAACUAUCGACCAUACCCAUGCUCGAGCUACAGGCGGCAGUGCUAGGAACUCGUCUCAGGAAAUGUAUUCUUGAGGGUCACGACGUCAACCCCAAAUGUGUCCACAUGUGGUCCGACUCCAAGACUGUCUUAGCAUGGAUUAAAUCAGAUCACAGAAAAUAUAAGCCAUAUGUAGGACACAGAAUUGACGAGAUACUUGAAGCCACAAGGUUGGAAGAUUGGCAUUGGGUGCCUACUAAGGAUAACCCGGCAGACUUUGGCACCAAACUCAGAUCUGGAACUCGAGAAACCUCCUGGUUGAGAGGCCCUCAAUUCCUUCAAGAGGACGCAAGUCAAUGGAAUCUAGGAACUUCAGACGUUGGUGACACGGAACUGGAACUAAGAAGCAAGUUUACGUUAUCAAUCAAUGAGAUGUCUUCAGAUGGAUCUGUCAAUAUCGUAUUCAGGGAGUUGCUGGAAAGGUUCUCUUCAUUUACAAGGCGGAUGCGAGUUGUCGCUUGGGUCUACAGGAUGUGUGAUCGUAAGAUCAAACGAAAAGUCUACCUUGAUGUAUCUGAAAUUGAAGAAGCUGUACUCAUAGUGAUCCGCAAUGUACAGGAUGUUGCAUUUCAUGAUGAGCGGGUGGCGCUAUUGACUGGACAGUCCAUCGAAAAGAACAGCAAGCUGUGGAAGUUGUCUCCGAUCAUAGACGGAAGAGGAGUGAUCCGCAUGAAUGGGCAUAUUAAUAACGCAUGUUCGGUUGGAGAAGAAACCAGGCGUCCAAUAUUAAUGCCCCAAGGGCAUCACGUUACAAAAUUGAUCGUGCGACAUUAUCACGAGCUAUGGAAACACCAGAAUGAAAACACAAUUAUAGCAGAAAUACGCAGAAAGUACUACAUACCACACUGCCGACAGGAGGUUCGCCGUGCAGCUAGAAAUUGUAUGACUUGUAAAAUCCAGAGAGCUUCACCAAAAAUGCCAUUAAUGGGACAACUUCCUAAGGACAGACUCUCUCCGUACGUACGCUUAUUCUCAUAUGUUGGAAUCGACUAUAUGGGACCGUUUCUGGUUGUAAGAGGAAGGCCUGGAUAGAAGAAACGCUGGAUAUGCAUUUUUACAUGCCUUACGCGGAAGACCAGUAAGAAUCCGAUCUGACAAUGGUACCAUUUUGGUGGGAGCUGAGCGUGAAUUGAAAAGAGAAUUACAGGACCUCGAUCACAUUAGAAUAGCGAACGAGCUGUCAACCAAGCAGAUCGAAUGGCUGUUUAAUUGCCCGCUAAACCCCCAUGCAGGUGGGUGCUGGGAAAGAUUGGUACGCAGUGUGAAGAGGGCCAUAGGACACGCGCUGCAUGACAAAAACCUGAAAGAA